UUCCUCUCGGAAGAUACAACGGAGAUUGAUAUAUAUCUAUAUUUUUCAUAUAUAACGAAUUGAAUAAUGAAAUUAAUUCUUUUAACGAUACUAUUAUUAUUCGAUUGUUGUUUGGGAAGAACUUCAUCUUUUUCUUUGUUAAAAUAUAUUCUUUCUUCGAAUAAAAAUGAAUUGAAGAAAGUAAGAAGCGAAUCAGAACUUAAUGGCGAUGAUACUGUUUUAGAUUUCAUUGGAUUAGUUCAACGUCAUGGAUACCCGGCCGAGGAGCACAAAGUAACUACGGACGAUGGUUACAUACUGACAAUGCAUAGAAUACCUAAUAGUCCUUUAUCAGACAUAAAUAAAAAGAAGGAUGUCGUAUUUGUACAACACGGUAUGACAGCAUCAUCUGAUUCGUGGGUAUUACUUGAGCCUAAGAAAAAUCUCCCUUUUUUACUUGCUGAUACUGGAUAUGACGUCUGGCUUGGAAAUUUCCGGGGAAAUACUUAUUGCAGAUCUCAUGUCAAUUUGACGACAAACGAUCGAAAAUUUUGGGAAUUCAGCUAUCACGAUAUUGGCUUACAUGAUACUCCUCAAUACAUCGACUAUGUUCUUAAUUAUACAGAAUCGAAGAAAUUAUUUUACAUAGGACAUUCUAUGGGUACAUCGGUUUCCUACGUUAUGUUGUCCAUGAAACCGAGUUAUAAUGAUAAAAUGAGAUUAGUUAUAAGCUUAGCACCAGUUUCUUACUUUAAACAUAAAUUUCCACCAGGCAUAGAACGUAUCAUAAAAGACGUUCCAAAAAUAAAGAGAAUAUUAGAAGCAGAGGGGAUUUAUGACAUCUUAUCACAAUCAAAAAUGAUGAAAUUAUUGGGUGCCAAAUUAUGUAACGAAAAAUCGAUUUUCCACUCAAUAUGUGCGUCAGUAUUGUAUCUAGUUUCAGGACGCGAUACUAUGCAAACAAAUACCUCACUGAUACCAUACUUUUUAAAUUAUAUACCUGCUGGUGUAUCAACUCAAAGUCUAUUCCACUAUUAUCAAAAUUAUCUAACAGGUAAUUUCGAAGCUUAUGAUUAUGGGUACGAAGGUAAUCUUAUUCACUAUAAAAAAGUAAAUCCUCCGGUUUAUGACAUAAAGAAAAUAAUUGCUCCAUUAGCUUUAUUUUAUGGAAUUAAUGAUGUAUUAACGAAUGACAAAGAUGCAAUUGAAUUGAGCAAAAAAUUAUCUAAUGUCGUCACGUGCGAAGCUGUGCCGUACGAGUGCUUUUCUCAUUUGGAUUUUGUUAUAGCGAAUGACGUAAAAGCACUAUUAUAUGAUCGAUUGUUAGAUUUAAUGAAACAAUUUAUAGAAUUAGCUAAACAGAAUGGAUAUUUUGCGGAAGAACAUACGGUUGUUACAGAAGAUGGCUAUACUAUAUUGUUUCAUAGAAUACCUUAUAGUCCCGUAUCAAAUAUUACCUAUAAAAUAAGACCAAUAAUAUUGAUGCAACCCGGUGCAUUUGCUUCAUCCGAUUAUUGGAUUUUAUAUGGCUCUAAAAGAAGUCUUCCGUGUUCACUUGCGGAUGCUGGAUUUGAUGUAUGGCUGGGAAAUGCUCGAGGAAAUGUAUACGGUCAAACUCAUGUAAAAUUUUCAUCGAAGGAUAAAGAAUUUAUGCAAUUUAGUUAUCACGAAAUUGCAAUUUACGAUGUUCCAGCAAUUAUCGAUUAUAUUCUUAAUUAUACAAAAUCGGAAAAACUUUAUUUUAUUGGACACUCGAUGGGCACAACGUUAUCAUAUGUUUUAUUAUCAAUGAAGCCAGAUUAUAAUGAAAAAAUACGUUUAGUUAUAAGUUUGGCACCUACUGCAUACUGGAAGAAAGAAAUUAUGUCUCCACUAUUGAAAUUUAUAAUAACAUACAGUUCAAUACCCAAGUUUCAAAGUUAUGACUAUGGAUAUGAAUAUAAUAUGAAAUUAUAUAAACAAAAAGUACCACUCGAAUACGACUUAACAAGAAUAUCAGCACCAGUGGCCUUGAUAUACGGAAAAAAUGAUAUACUUGUACCAAAUAAGUUUUUGGUCGAACUGUACAAGAAGUUACCAAAUAUUCAUUUAUUUGAAGUUGUACCAUAUGAUCAUUUUAAUCACAUAGAUUUCAUAACCGCCAGAAAUGUAAAAGAGUUACUGAACGAUCGUAUUAUAGAUUUAUUGAAACAUUAUUUGCAAUAAAUAAUAAUUAACAUUUCGAAAUUUCUUGUAAAAUAAAGAUUAUAAUUCUAAUUAAAGACAUAUAUUUCUUAUAUCAAUAUCUUGAAUACACGAUCUUAAAAGUACACUUAUAAGAAAAAUAUGUUUCUGUU